AUGGAGUUCUGCCCCACGUGCGCCAACAUGCUGCUGGUGGAGCAGGCACACAUGGGGCGAGAGGCGCGGUUCUUCUGUCAGACUUGCCCCUAUGUCUAUGGCAUCACCAGGAAGAUUUCAAGACGGCAACUUGUGGUGCAGAAAGAGGUGGAUGACGUGCUAGGAGGAGAAGAUGCGUGGAAAAAUGUCGACAAAACAGAAGCCUCAUGUCCCAAGUGUGGUCAUUCACAAGCAUUCUUCAUGCAAAUUCAAACCCGAUCAGCUGAUGAGCCCAUGACUCUAUUUUACAAAUGCUGCAACAUGAGGUGUGGUUACAGAUGGAAAGAAGGCUAG